AUGACAAAUUUUGAUGACUUUGACAUCCGUGGAAGCAACGCACAUUCAGACUACUUUUCCAAGUGCACUUCUGACUACGUGCAGUUGGGUCCGAGCCACAAGCAAGGCAUGACGAACAAGUACCGCUACUGCAACUCUUUGGGAGAUGGUGACACCUACCUACCGAUGCCGUUUCAGUCCUUCAGAAAUCAGAUGUGGGUGAAGUUCAAGAGCAGGCACUCGGGUGGCCGGGGCUUCCAGCUUACAUACAUGGUCGGCCAAGCACGCAGCAUGGGAUGCCCUAACAACUACCACUGUGACAACAGGAAGUGCAUACUUGCUGAGUGGAAAUGUGAUGGACAGGACCAGUGUGGUGACAACUCCGAUGAAAUAAAUUGCAAGUGUAGUGCUGGAAAAAAGCAAUGUGGAAAUGAGGAGGAAGACUGCUAUAGUGCUCAAACGCAGACAUGCGACGGGACGUUGCAUUGCUUAAAUGGCAGAGAUGAGCGUGGGUGUGGCGUGUGCCCUUCCGACAUGAUCCGCUGCAGUAAGGUUCAAGGCUGCUACAAUCCUGAGGACCGCUGUAACGGCGUGCCGCACUGCGCUGACAAAUCAGAUGAGGCCAACUGCUCGGCUCACGUGUGCUCGCCAGAGCGAGGGCUGUUCAUGUGCAGGAAUGCGCGCUGCAUCCAGCGCAGCUGGACGUGUGACGGCAUGGCUGACUGCGGUGGCGACGACACCAGUGAUGAAGACAGCUGUUCCGUUGGCGUGAAAAACAGUGUGAUUGUGGCAGCUAUCAUUGGGUCCCUGAUCUGUAGCCUGCUGCUGGUCACAUCUGUUGCCUGCACUUGCAGGCUGUAUAGUGACCGAGAAGGAGGUAGUCUGCGUUUGCCAAGACAUCUGCAGCAUGUGAGGUUAGAGGAGAGAGUAUCUGCGAGGGACCUGCCUCCACCGUACAGCAUGGCUGUCGGCGAGGUGUACCAGGCGCCCUUCGACGACAACCGAUGCUCCAUGCUCGACCACUUCCGCUGGUCGGUGAUGGGGCGGCGAGGCCGCGCGCGAUCCUCUCCCCACUCGAGCCGAUCCGCCUGCUGGUCGGCGCGCCUGCCACCGCAGCCUCGCGCCGCCACGGCGCAUCUCUCGCCGGCCGACGCUCACGUCGAGGCGUUUCUGCUCACGCCGAGCGGCGGCGCGUCGGAGACAGUCGAGCCGGGCGGCGGCGCGGUGGACGUGCACGCCGAGACGGCGGCGCGGCACGCGAGCGCGCGGCGCCACCGGAAGCGGCACCGGCGCGCGGUGGCGCGCGGCGGUAGCACGUCGACGGCUGCCGACGACCGGCCGAGCGGCAACAACGAUGGCGACACGCGUGUCGCCGCGGCGACGUUGUCAUCGGCGGGCGUCGCGGAGGACCUGCGUGAGCUGCUGAGCGAGUCGGAGGCACUGGCCGCGCUGCGCCGCUCCGUGCUGCGCGCCGAGCUUCACUGUGAUACGUCGCCGUCACUGCCGCCGCGGGCUAGCAGGGGGCGCCACGCGGCGGCCGCACGCCCGGACGCGACGUCCGAGUGCCGUAGCGCGUUUUCGACGGGAGGCAGCCAUAGUCGUGGUCGCACGGACGCGGCCGAUGAUUGCACGUGGCUCGAUCAGCGGCAGCGUGGCGGCGUGACGGAUAGGCAGGCGGAGGUGAGAGCUGUCAGCGAUCCACACAUACACACUGGCGGCAGCCGCCCAGUGACAGGUAGCACUUCCAGCGACGAUGUUCAAUUGUUAGAAUCAUAA